GACUCGGUCGCCAUCUUCCUGAGGGGCAAAUCCGCUAGAGGGCCACCCUGGUGCCAUAUAAGAGAAUGUUAACAACAACUUGCACUAUUUCCUCCAUUACAACAGUGACUACAAUUGAAAAGGACUUGAUUGACUGAUGAUAUCACUUAGAGCAAUUUCAGUGAUUAAUCGCAGCGAUUAAGAUGAUCACUGCAUUCGGAAGAUACUUGUGGCUUCAUUUCAACCAUCAACUCAUUUACAAGACCUGGAAGCCAAAGAAGCUUCAUCUUCACAGUGCCUGUGUAAUUAACAAAAAAAUGUCCCUUCGACAGCACGGUCUGCAGAUCUUUCAGGCAGCAAUCAAUGCUGUUUUGCCUCAAAACAUGAUCAAGAACAACAUUAGCAUAGAAGGAGACAGAUUGAUGAUACAAAAUCAGUGCUUCCCUGUCCAUAAAAAUGUCUAUCUUGUUGGAUUUGGGAAGGCUGUGUUGGGAAUGGCGGCUGCUAUGGAAGAGAUCUUGGGAGACCAUCUGCUGCAAGGAGUGAUCAGUGUUCCACUUGGCAUCCAAAAGAUUCUUAGUGAGACAGGAAAAGAGGACAUGCUUUUGAAACCUCAGACAAAAAUACAAGCAAUGGAAGGAGCCAAACAUAACCUCCCUGAUGAGAAUGCUUUAAAGGCAGCCAACAGUAUUCAUCAAUUAGUGGAAGGACUUACUGCAGAUGACCUGCUAUUUGUGCUUAUCUCAGGUGGAGGGUCAGCUUUAUUGCCAGCUCCAAUUCCCCCUGUCACUUUAGAGGAGAAGCAAUACCUGACCAAACAACUUGCUGCUAAGGGGGCAACAAUUCAGGAGCUCAAUACAAUCCGCAAGAUGCUGUCGUUGUUGAAGGGUGGAGGUUUGGCAAGGGCUGCCUAUCCUGCACAGGUGGUGAGUCUCAUCAUGUCUGAUGUUAUAGGUGACAAUUUGGAGUAUGUGGCCAGUGGCCCAACUGUACCUACCUUACACAGCAAGGACGACUGUCAUAAGAUACUGUUAAAAUAUAACUUGUUAUCAUCCAUGCCAGAAUCUGUAAAAGAAGUUCUGUCUCAGUCCAGCAUGAAAAUGGACAAAGAGGAGAUCCAAACAUUUGCUCAUGUUUGUAAUUUUGUUGUGGGAUCAAAUGCAAUUGCCUUAGAGAAAGCAAAAUGCAAAUCAGAAAGCUUGGGUUAUAAUACUUCUGUCCUAUCUACUGUGGUCAGUGGAGAUGUCAAGACUGUGGCUAAAUUGUACAGUCUUUUGAUUAGAUAUGUGUGCUCAGUUCUGGCAGCUGCCAGUUCAAAAUAUGUACAUGUAAGCAAAAUGAAAGAUGAGAUCCUGCAGAUGGUCGUAAACAUGGAGCUUCCUGACUUCCAACUAGAUGGCUGUUUGGAACUGUUGGAGGAGACACAGCAUUCCAAGAAACCAAUAUGCCUUUUGGCAGGGGGGGAAACUACAGUUCGACUCCAGGGUAAAGGUAAAGGAGGUCGAAAUCAAGAGCUGGCCUUGCAUCUAGCCUUGGAACUUCACCAUGCAAAAUCAAAGAUUCCACAAGAUCUACUUACAAAGUAUGAAGUUAUUUUUCUUAGUGGCGGGACUGACGGACAAGAUGGGCCCACUGAAGCAGCUGGUGCAUUCGCUUACAGUGACCUGGUUGACAAGGCCUUUGCUGAAGGGCUGAACGCAGAGGACUUUUUAAACAACAACGACUCCUUUACCUUCUUUAACAAGUUUAAUAAUGGAGUGGACCUUAUUGUGACAGGGCUGACAAACACGAACGUCAUGGAUAUGCAAGCAAUUAUUAUUCAACCCAAUGAAAUUUAAGUCUAGUAUUAGCCUUUCAUGAACAAAGAGAGAUGAAGAAUUUAAUUUCUUUAUAAAGGGACAUAAUAUUGUGCUCACAUAGUGUUGUAUCAGUAAAGGGGACAGGGAUGCAUGUAUAGUUUUAAUGUGUUGAACACUGGCAUUACAACUUAAAGCAAACAAUGUUGGAUCAUAUGUGCCACAAGCCGGCAGCAUUUUGACAGCCAUUAUUGCAUACCUUACAAACGAAGCUAUUUAAAUAAAAAUGUCAAUA